AUGGCGUCAAAUAUCUUUGAGCUUCCAGACGAGGCAGUCUUGGGUCCUCUGCUUCGUCAAUUUCCUGGCAGGGAUUCCCAAAUACGAUCGCUUGCCUCUUUACUCCAUACAGACGCCGCGCCUUGUCGAAACCUUGUCAUACACGGCUCCGAAGCGACGGGAAAAUCCAGCGUCACGACCCAGCUGCUUGCACGAUUAGCACAAGACGAUAGCACAGAUAAUAGCGCCGCGAGUAGUCGUGCUCCCGCGCUCGUUUACGCAAUUGUUGACGUUGCCCGAUGCAUUUCUGCGCGUCACUUCUUCGAGGGUAUCAUGGUUGCAGUAACCAAUGCACUCAGCGCAUGGGAUGGCACCGAGGACAGCGACAAUUCGCCGCAACGAUGCGAGACGUUAGCCCAGCUUGCGGCCUCGCUGAGCUCCAUAUUCGACCAGCCCCGGGUAAAAAAUAAUUUAAAGCAUUUUGUGCUGGUAUUAGAUGGUAUGGAUAAGCAAAGGGACGCGCCUCCGACUUUGAUGCCGGCGUUGGCGAGGUUAUGUGAAACUGUAAGUUGGAACUAUUCGAGUCAUGAAAAUGACAUGGCAAGCGAGCAGCCACUAAUAAGAAACUGGCAGAUUUCAUUCCUUACGUGCGUUUUUAUCGUUACAACUCCACCAGCUGGGUUUCUUCGAGCCUGUCCAACUUCGUACCUCUACUUACCUCCAUAUAACAAAUCCGAAUUGAUGGAGAUUCUAUCAAAAGAGCCUCCAUCUCAUACUCAUAAAACGACAAGCGCGGCCGAGGAUGCACAAGAAUCAACAUUCGAUCCGAACGAAGCAAAUCUAUGGACAAAGUUUUGUGCUGCAGUCUAUGAUUCUCUUGCUCAGUCCGCUGGACGGUCGUUGCCUUCUUUCAGAAACAGCUGCCAUACUCUUUGGCCGCGGUUUAUAGCGCCCAUUGUUGCCGGAACAAACACGCCACACCAGUUCUCGAAGCUGCUCAUUGCUGCCAGACCCCUUUUUCAGGAUGAGGCCUUCCUAAAUCCCAAGAUUAUCUCGUCCCGAGUCUCAACAUCUAAAACAAGCAUCGGGAAUGGCAAGCAGCCUUCAAGUCGAUACUUCGAAUCAUCACUGACAUCAACUAUCUCAACCUCACAACCUCUCGCGGGACUGACAGCCUUGCUACCGACUACCGCUCGAGUACUCUUGCUCUCAGCCUAUAUCGCCUCUCAUAACACUGUCCGCCAUGAUUUAACAAUAUUCUCCACCCAUUACAGCGGUCGCAAGCGCCGGCGUGCCGGUCCCAACUCCUCACGGGCCAAUCAUCGAAAUAAACAGCGUAAGAUAUCUCGUAAAUUACUUGGAGCGCAUGCAUUUCUCUUAGAACGCUUGUUAGCGAUAUUCGAGGCAGUACGAACAGAAUGGAUCCCACUGGCUGUCUCGUCAGGCAUAGAUGGCGAUAUCGGUAUGGGCUUGGCCACCCUAGCCAGUCUAAGACUACUUAUACGAGUGGGGACCGGAGAUAUCAUGGACAGGUCUGGUAAGUGGAGGAUAAAUAUCGGAUGGGAGAUUAUACGCGGCAUAGGGAGAGGUAUCGGGGUCAAUAUCGAAGAAUGGCUCGUGGAAUGA